GAAUGAAUGGUUUUAAGACGUCAUUUGAUAGAAAUAAACAGUGUCGAUUCCACUGUAAAUAAAUAUCAAUUUAUUUAAAAAUGGAGAAAAGCGGGGAAACUCAAGUGACUAUUAAGAAGCCGGGCCGAAUUCUGCACUUCAGCGAUGGAGUUGAAGAAGAAAUAGAGGAAGAAGUGGCUACAGAAUUGGCGACUGAACCUCAAGAAACAAAUGUGGAUCCGAAAACCUUAUCAUGGGGCCCUUGGUUUUCACACUACGCAUGGAAGUCCGGCAACAAGGUAUUGAACGCAGUAGAUUACGCAGGGGAGUCACUGGCUGGUUUCUUUGGCAUAACUACUCCAAAGUACCAAAUAGAAAUAGAUGAAUAUGAACGAAUGAAAGAAGAAAAGAGGAAAUUGGAUGAAGACGCGGCUGGCUGGGUGCCGAAGAAUGGAGGCGGGGACAUACCUUUAGUACUUAAUGAACCAAUCAAGGUUCUUGAUAAGCCUGCAGAAGUUUAAUGGCAUUAAUUUAAUAUAUAUAGAAUUUAUUUCCCUCCAAUCUCUACACAACUCGUCUAUUCCUGAUUAAAGAGAUCAUCAUGUAACCGAUACCUACUUUUUUAACUUCAAUAUGUUGUAAAAUUAUUGCAGUAUUUUACGUAGAAUGGCUUAAUCAAUCUUUGUUAGUUAUCGAGCUUUUCUUGAGCUCUGACCUACAUCUAUAGAAGUGAUUUAUUAGCAAAUAACCAAUCGCGAGUGACCGCUAUGACGCGAUGCACUGCGGGCCAAUCACCGCUUUAGCCCACCCCCACACCUCACUUCAUACCACAAAAGGGACCCCAUAAAUUACUUCUGCGCAGGUGCAGCUCAGAGCAAGGUUCGUAUAGCUUUUGUAUGUCUCACAUAUUUAAUCUGUGAACAUAAGUUUUUUGGAAAAAUUCUAAAUGUUUGUAGGUAUAUUAGGGUUUUAUAGAAUUUUUUAUGCAAUUGAAAACAAGGCUGGUAACUGGUUUUACAGGUCAAUCCUCAAAGUUAAGUCAAGAGACAUAUUGACAUACUACUUAUAAAUGAUUUUAUUUGAGAAUAUGUAUUAAUUUACCAAUUGUACUCUUAAUAUUCAACUGAUUGGUAAAUGGGUAUUUUAAUGUCUAACAAUUGUAUGAGCAUUUCUAACAUAGAAUUAAAGUCAAAAUAAAUAAGUGUGCUAAUGUAAUUCGCAUAAUAUUAUUGUAUAGGAAGGAACUGAAAGGAUAAGAGCUUUAUUUUAUUGUAUGUUAUAUGUAUUGGUAAGAAUGUUUUAUUAAAUAAUAUAAUUUAUUUUAUUUUAAACAUUAGUUGAAAGUGAUCUGUAUAAAUUGUCUUUUUAGUAAUAUUUGACUGGCUUAAAGCUGUAUUUUAUCAUUGGAAUCCACAUCAAUUUCGAGUGGGUUUCCUGUUGAAGUGGUUAGCAUUUCAAAUGAUGUUUUUUUGCCGAAAUCUUUAACUUAUACUAUCUGUUUCUGCUGCUUACAAAUCUCAGUUAAUACGUCCAAAUAUGUCGUCGGUAAAAUUAAUACCUACCUAAUGAAUUUUACGAAUGAGACUAAAAUGUGGUACGACUAAUGUUUGCUAUAUUAUGUAGAAUUAAAUAUACAAUUCAUAGAAAGUAAA